AUGGUUACUGUAACCCAACUGCAUCGAGAUGAUCAUGAUUUUGUCCCGGGUACCAUCAAGGUGUUCAACACUAGUGAUGACGGGUCCAUUUCCAGCGGUUCAUUGAAAAAGAACAAGAAUGGUGUUAUUUUGGUUCCUCAACCUACAGAAUCCCCAAAUGACCCGUUAAACUGGGGUGUAACUAGAAAGAUGUGGCACUUUUUCGUAGUUUGUUUUAUUACAGGUUUAACAGCUGCGACAUCCAACGAUGCUGGUGCAGCCCAGGAUUCGUUGAACGAGAUCUAUGGAAUUUCAUACGAUUCUAUGAAUACCGGUGCUGGUGUACUUUUCCUUUUCAUUGGUUGGUCUUGUAUUUUUUUUGCCCCUGCAUCAUCCUUAUAUGGUAGGAGAAUCACAUAUCUUAUUUGUUUACUCGCAGGUGCUUUGGGUUGUGUUUGGUUUGCAGUUUCGAAGACUACUUCAGAUACCAUAUGGUCCCAAGCAUUCGUGGGUAUGGGAGAGGCAUGUGCUGAAGCCCAAGUCCAGCAAUCAUUAGCAGAUAUUUUUUUCCAGCAUCAGCUAGGCUCUGUCUUAACAGUUUAUAUCUUGGCAACUUCAGUGGGAUCUUUCUUGGGUCCUCUCAUUGCCCAAUUUAUAUCAGAUUCACAGACCUUUAGAUGGGUUGGCUGGUGGGGAGCCAUAAUCACCGGAGCUACAUUGGUUGCUGUAUUUUUUACAUGCGAAGAGACGGUUUUUGAUAGAUCAGCACACUCACAUAUCUAUGAAUCAGUGGAAGCAAGUCCCGAGCCUGAAUUUCAAAAUGAUAAACUCAAGAAUACAGUGAGUGUUAGUAAUUUCGGAAGCGAAAAGGAGAACACUUCAAGUGAAAAUUUCAAUGAUAACGAAGCCCAAGGUUCCAAAGAAAAGCCAAAACCAUACUGGAAAAGAAUCGCAGUAAUUACGCCAUCCCCAUACUUAGAAGGAUUUGGAUUUAAGCAAUAUGUCAUGAGAUUUGUCGUUUAUUUCAAAAUUUUCACACUUCCAGCAGUUUGGCUUUCAGGUUUAUUAUGGGGUUUGCAGGAUGCUUACAUGUCUUUCUUCUUGACUACUGAAGAUGACUACUUUCCAGAAGCCCCUUGGAAUUAUUCGGAGACAGGUGUUGCUAUAAUGAACGUCGCAACUUUAGUUGGAGCUGCAAUCGGAUGUUGUUUUGCUGGUUUCUGUUCUGACUGGCAUGUCUUAUGGUUGUCCAAGAGAAAUAAUGGUAUUUUAGAGCCUGAAUUCAGAUUAUGGUUACUUUUUGCAACUUUGAUUAUCUCACCAGCAGGUUUAAUUAUGUUUGGUGUUGGGGCAGCCAGGAUGUGGCCACCUUGGGUUAUAUAUGGUGGCUUGGGACUUAUUGGUUUUGGUUGGGGUUCAAUUGGUGACACCGCUAUGUCCUACAUGAUGGAUGCUUACCCCGAAACCAUUAUUCAAGGUAUGGUUGGUGUUUCUAUAAUAAAUAACUCUUUGGGAAGUAUCUUUACCUUUGUGUGUUCCUAUUGGUUAGAAUCUUCUGGAACCCAGAACACCUAUAUUGCUUUAGCAGUCAUAGAUUUUGCUACCAUUGCUUUAAUAAUACCCUUCUUGAUCUGGGGUAAACAGUUAAGAAGAUGGACUAAAAAUCGUUACUUGGGUUUGGUAGAGAUGAGCCAGGGUAUGGGCUAA